ACGCUAUUCAGUAGAUAUUUGUUUGUAAUGGUAUCUAUUUUCAACACUAGAAUACCACCAACAAGAACAUACACCCCACCCUACUGUAACCCUUUGUUUACCACCACCAAUGCAGAACAACUAUUAGGAGUACCACGUACACCUAUUACAAGUGUUGGAGAAACUUGUCCAACUUUCCAUGUUUCAUAGCUUGGUCCCCAGAGAGUCGAAAACUGACACCACGAGAUGGAUCAAAACUUGUUCCAACUUUCCAUGUUUACUCUUACAAUAAUCAGUUUUCAAUUUCUCUUUGCAGUAGUGGCAAAGGAUCAAAACAUUUCUGGUAUAUCAGAUGAUAACUACUGUAGCAAUAAUAGAGUCUGCGGAGCCAAUUCGAACUGUGAUGUUACAAAAGGAACAGCUUGUGUUUGUUUAGAUGGAUUCAAACUCAAAUCAAUAAGUGGAUGGGAUCCCGCGGACUAUACACAAGGUUGUGUACGUGAUAAAGCAUUGAAUUGUUCAACAGAUCAUGUGUUCACCAAAUAUAGUGUGUACCAAGAGCCUAGUGGCACAUUUUAUUUGUUAAACCAAAGUUUGACAGAGGAGGAUUGCAGAGAGAGAUGCUUGAGUAACUGUUCUUGUGUGGCUUUUAGUUUUGGAAGUGGUUGCAAAUUAUGGAAUGGUGAUCUAUUUGAUGUUAGGGGGGUCAAAGAAGGGAAGGAUCUGUAUAUUCGGAUGCAAGCUUCAGUGCAAGACCCUGAAGAGGAAACUCAUGGGCAUAAUGAGCGAAUCAUAGUGGGAGUAAUAAUCGGGAGUACUAUUGCUAUAAUUUCUGGGAUAAUCUUUUGUUGCUGUUACUUGCACAGGAGAAGGUCAAGGUUAAGAGGCAACAUAAGGACAAGUGAGAUGGUUGGUCAUAUUGAUGAAGAAGCAAAAGGGGAUCUGGAGCUUCCAUUAUUUGACCUAUCAAGAAUAGCUAUGGCCACUGAUAACUUUUCUGUCAAUAACAAGCUUGGAGAAGGUGGAUUUGGACCUGUAUACAAGGGUACAUUACAUGAUGGGCGACAAAUUGCAGUGAAGAGGCUAUCAAGGAGUUCAGGGCAGGGGCUGAACGAAUUCAAAAAUGAAGUAAUACUAAUAGCCAAGCUUCGGCACCGUAAUCUUGUAAAACUUAUUGGAUGCUGCAUCCAAGGGGAAGAGAAGUUGCUGAUAUAUGAAUACAUGCCUAACAGAAGCCUUGAUUAUUUUAUUUUUGAUAAAAUUCGAGGGAAACUCUUGGAUUGGCCUAAACGCUUUAACAUCAUAUGUGGUAUCGCUAGGGGCCUACUAUACCUUCAUCAAGAUUCUAGGCUAAGGAUUAUACACAGAGAUCUAAAAGCAAGUAAUGUUUUGCUCGACAAUGAGAUGGUACCAAAGAUCUCAGACUUUGGUUUGGCUAAAAGUUUUGUUGGAGGAGAUCAGAGUAGAGGAAAUACAAAUAGAAUUAUGGGAACUUUUGGAUACAUGGCCCCGGAAUAUGCUGUUAACGGACAAUUUUCAGUGAAAUCUGAUGUCUUUAGCUUCGGGAUUUUGGUGCUUGAGAUAGUAGCUGGGGAAAAAAAUAGAAGGCUCUAUCAGCCAAAUGACGAUGUUUACUUAUAUGGACAUGCAUGGAGCUUAUGGGAACAAGGAAGGCCCUUAGAACUGGUUGAUGAAUGCCUGAAGAACUCUUGGUCAUUGUCUGAAGUGCAGCGCUGCAUCCAUAUUGGCUUACUCUGUGCACAACAGCAUCCUCAGGACAGGCCAAGCAUGUCAUCUGUGGUUCUGAUGUUGGGUAGUGAAAUUGACUUGCCUCAACCCAAAUUUCCUAGUGUUUUCGUAGGAGAACCUUAUGAUGGCCUAAGUUCCUCCGAUAGUAAAAAUAAAUUGAGCAUUACAGAUGUUGAACCUAGCAUGAAAGGAAAGAGAAUCUCUGGUUUCUUUCCACUUAGUGUUUACCUUGUCUUUCAAACCUCCAUAAUCUUGGCUGCAACAACUGACACCAUUCAUGAGUUGCAAUCUCUGACUGAAAACCAGACCUUGGUCUCCAAGAAUGGAAACUUUGAGCUGGGUUUCUUCACCCCUGGUAACUCUAAGAACCGUUAUUUGGGCAUUUGGUUCAUCCCAGACAAAACCGUUGUUUGGGUUGCAAACAGAGAAAAACCCACAAACCACUCUUCUGUUGUCUUGCAGAUAAGCAACACCACCCAAAACAUUCUUGUUUUUGAUCAGAACAAGAGUGUCCUAUGGUCUGCAACACCUAUAAGAAAGGCUAAGAAGAAUCCAAUUCUGCAACUCUUAGAUUCUGGAAAUCUUGUCCUGAGAGAGCAACAUGAUGAUAAUGAUGAUGAGAAUCCAGAGAAUGAAGCUCAAAUUCUAUGGCAGAGCUUUGACUACCCUUGUGACACACUGUUACCAGGAAUGAAACUUGGGAAGGACUUAAGAACCGGUUUUGAUCGACGCCUGGUGGCGUGGAAGAACGAAAACGACCCUUCACCUGGGAACUUCUCAUGGGGCAUGCAUGUGACCAAUUACCCUGAACCAAUGAUGUGGAUUGGUUCAAGAAAAAGCUUCAACAGCGGUCCGUGGAAUGGAGUUCAGUACAGCGGCAAACCAACAUCAAGACCGCACCCGGUUUUCGAGUACAUUUACUUCUCCAAUGAGGAAGAGGUGUACUUCAUGUUUAGGCUCUUGAAUAGCUCUAUCAAAACAGCAAGGAUGAUGCUGAAUCAAACCAUCUAUGCUCGCGAGAGUUCGGUGUGGGUGGAGGAGGAGCAUAGAUGGAAGGUGUAUGGUUCACUACCAAGGGAUUUUUGUGACAAGUAUGGUGCUUGUGGUCCUAAUGGGAAUUGUGAUCCUAACAAAUUACCUUCUCCUUGUGAAUGUUUAAGAGGGUUUAAGCCUAAAUCUCUUUUGAGAUGGAAGGGAAUGGAGUAUGCUGAAGGGUGUGUGCGUGAUAGACCACUGAGCUGCAAGAAUGAUGGGUUUUCCAAAUAUGUUCACAUGAAAUUGCCUGAUACUGAAUUUAGUUGGUUGGAUCAGAACAUGACCCUUUCUGAAUGCAGAGCCAAAUGCCUGACGAAUUGUUCUUGCACGGCGUAUACAAACUCGGAUAUUAGAGGAGAAGGAAGUGGGUGUGCCAUGUGGUUUGGUGAUCUUAAUGACUUGAGGCUUCAACCAGAUGCAGGGCAGGAUCUGUAUGUUCGAGUGCCUGCUUCUGAAUUGGAUACAGACAAUGGACGCAAGGUCAAGGUAGGAAUUGCAGUUGGAAGCACCAUGGCAGUAAUAUGUGGCCUGCUUUUGGCUUUCUUUAUCAGAUGCAGGAGAAGGGCCAACCUGAAAAAGAAACUUGCGGUAAGGGACCUUUUCAAAGAAGAACAGGAAGAUGAGGAUAUGGAGCUUCCAUUUUUUGACAUGUCAAGUAUAGCUAGAGCCACUGACAACUUCUCAAUCAGCAACAAGCUCGGAGAAGGUGGUUUUGGACCCGUAUACAAGGGAAGGUUGGAAAAUGGACAAGAAAUUGCAGUCAAGAGACUUUCUAGAGGCUCUGGACAAGGGGUCAAGGAAUUCAAAAACGAAAUCAAAUUGAUAGCCAAACUUCAACACCGCAAUCUCGUAAGACUUCAAGGAUUUUCCAUUCAGGAUGAAGAGAAGUUGCUAAUAUAUGAAUACUUGCCAAACAAAAGCUUGGAUUGCUUUAUAUUUGAUCAAACAAAGAGAAUGCUGUUGGAUUGGCCUAAGCGUUUUCACAUAAUUUGUGGGGUAGCAAGGGGCCUUCUCUAUCUUCAUCAAGACUCCACACUCAGAAUCAUUCAUAGAGAUCUCAAAGCAAGUAACGUUUUACUUGAUAGUGAGAUGAACCCAAAGAUCUCAGACUUUGGCCUAGCCAGAAUUUUGGAACUAGAUCAGAGUGCAGCGAACACUCAUCGCGUGGCUGGAACUUAUGGAUACAUGGCACCGGAAUAUGCAAUUGAUGGGAACUUCUCAGUGAAAUCUGAUGUCUUUAGCUUUGGCAUUUUGCUGCUAGAGAUUGUAUCAGGAAAGAAAAAUAUAGGGAAUGGGAAGCAAGAAGAAAAUAAAAACCUUAUUGCAUAUGCAUGGGAUUUGUGGAUAGAUGGGAGGCCCUUAGAAUUGAUUGGUGAAUACGGUGUAGACUCUUGCAACCUCUCUGAAGUGCUGCGUUGCAUCCAUAUUAGUUUUUUGUGUCUGCAGCAGCAUCCACAAGAAAGACCAAACAUGUCUUCUGUUAUGAUGAUGUUGGGUAGUGAAAUUGGCCUGCCUCAACCCAAACAACCAGUUCUCUUUGUUGGUGGAGAAUGUGCACAUCAUCAGGGAUAUUCUUCUUCAUAUAAGAAUGAGACCAUGCCUUCUGUCAAUGAAAUGAGCAUUACACUUUUAGAUGCUCGUUAGGAAAAAUCACUGAAAUCAUUAAUCUUGCUGCAUUUAUAUCAUGAGUAGCAAAAUCUAUUCAGCAUGGCAUUGGCCUAUAUAUAUGUGGCUUUGAACUGUGUAAACCAAUAAACCAAUCUUACUUCAUUAUCUUACUUGAAUAAAAUAAAAUUGACAUCAUGAAUAAAGUAUGCACUUUAUUA